GUUACCACGCCGAGCCAUGCCGCGCUAUCACUGAAGUGGGCAUCUUUGUGUUUUCCCUCCGUUUCUAGCGAAAAGAGACGAAGCUCAUCCGGCGACAUGGCAGGAGGAAAAGCUGGAAAAGACAGUGGCAAAGCCAAGGCGAAAGCAAUUUCCAGAUCUCAAAGAGCUGGUCUGCAGUUCCCUGUAGGGCGUAUCCACAGGCACCUGAAAACUCGAACCACCAGCCAUGGGCGUGUUGGUGCUACAGCAGCGGUGUACAGUGCCGCUAUCUUGGAGUAUCUGACCGCUGAGGUGUUGGAGUUAGCUGGUAAUGCCUCUAAGGACUUGAAGGUGAAACGUAUCACUCCAAGGCAUUUACAGUUGGCCAUCCGUGGAGAUGAAGAGUUGGACUCGCUCAUCAAAGCCACCAUUGCUGGCGGAGGUGUGAUUCCACACAUUCACAAGUCUCUGAUCGGAAAGAAGGGCCAGCAGAAAACUGUAUAAGAUGCGCCUGGACUUUAUUGUCUUUAUAGUAAACGGCAAUCAGUAUGGAGAAAUCAGUUAUUUGGUUACGUUCCCUCUUUGUUUGGUUAUGUUUUUAAACGUAGUUUGACUUAACAUUGGUUAGAGUUUAACAUACUGUUUCCAUGAUGGGAGGGCAAUUAGUGGUCUGGGGUAAGAAAAACAAAUUGUCUUAUUUUUUCUUAUUAUUAUUGUUGUAAUUAGGUGGGUUAAAAAAUGGGUUUUGGGUUUUUCGUAAGGUGUGGGUUUCGUUAUUAGCUUUUGAAAAUCUGUUUUAUACAUUAAAAGAAAAUUUCCUAUAUAUUAUGCCUUUCCUGUGAUUUAUUUCAUUUGUUGAUGAGCACCCCCCUCCCACAUAAUAUGCAAUAUUAUUAUUUAUAAAAACGCUGGGCUUAAUCCUUGCACAAGUUAUUCACCUAUGUUGAAACAUGACUCUGGCAUUUUGCAUAGUUAUUUGCGCGUGUGUGUGUGUGUGUGUGUGUAUAUUAAUAAAAUGCAUGAGUGCACUAUAGGUACUAUUUGAU